AUGCGCACACUUCUAUGUCGCGGAGUUGUGCGCCGUGCAGCCUUGCGCGCGCCGCCUUGCGCUACUCUUCGUGCCUUUCACGCCUCUACAGCUGCUAGGACUCAGAGUGUAGCCCCGCGUGAGUUCGCUGGAGAUCGGGAAACCAUCACUCGACUGCUGUACUCCAUUGCCUCUCGCAAUGAGGUGGAGCGCUACUUGCGCAUCUUCAGCACGGCCAGGACUUUUGCCGUGAUCAAGGUGGGAGGAGCGAUCUUGACGAAUGAGCUCGAUGACCUCGCGCUCAGUCUGACGUUCUUGCACCGAGUGGGACUGUACCCCAUUGUCUUGCAUGGUGCUGGUCCUCAACUGAAUGAGAUCCUCGAGCGCGAAGGUGUCGUACCGGAUUACUCUGAUGGUAUCCGUAUCACGGAUGCGGCAACACUAAAGGUGGCCCGACGAGUGUUUCUCGAGGAGAACCAGAAGCUCGUGGAGAAGCUCGAGUCGUUGGGCAGCCGUGCUCGCCCGAUCCCGCUGGGCGUCUUCAAUGCCUCGUUCCUAGACCGUGAGCGCUACGGGCUUGUAGGCAAGGUGGAUCGGGUUGAUAAGGAGCCGAUUGAGAGCGCUAUUCGUGCUGGUUGCCUGCCCAUUCUCACUAGUCUAGCCUUGUCCGAAGAUGGACAGAUCCUCAACGUGAACGCUGAUGUGGCUGCUAGCGAGCUGGCCAAGGUGCUAGAGCCCCUAAAGAUUGUAUUCCUUAACGAGAAGGGUGGUUUGUUCCAUGGCCAAACUGGUGAACUCAUUGAGUCCAUCAACCUCGACGAGGAAUACGAAGGGCUGAUGAAGCAAGAGUGGGUCAAGUACGGCACCAAGCUGAAGCUUCGUGAAAUGAAGGAGCUGCUUGACCAUCUCCCCCGCUCGUCCUCUGUGGCCAUCAUUUCUGUGGACCAGCUGCAGAAGGAGCUGUUCACGGACAGCGGUGCCGGUACACUAAUCCGCCGUGGCCAUAAGCUCUUCCGGUCGUCGUCGAUUGAGGAGGUGGGCCCAGAACGCCUUCGCGCCAUGCUUCGUGAGCACGAUGAAGAUGUGCGUGACAAUCGUAAGAGCGCCGCGCAGAUUUUCUCGGAGUUGUCACGCGCUCCCUACACAAUCUACGGCGACGAGGGACUCGAGUGCGUGGCGUUCGUGUCGCAUCCGGCGGGUGAAGUCCCGGUGCUCACGCGUUUCGUGAUGACCCGCAGUGCAGUGAUGAACAAUAUUGUGGACAACAUUUGGGCGAUGAUCAAGAAGGACUACAAGCGUCUGGUCUGGACCUCGCGCUCGGACGACGAGAACCGUGCGUGGCACUUUGAGCAUGCUGAUGGCGGCUUUACGCGAAACCGCCGCAGCCUGUUCUACUAUGGAAUCCAAGAUGUGGGUGAGGUGGAGCAAAUCAUGCGUCAGUUGGAGGAGAAAAACCGCAUUGAGCGUGCCUACUUGCCGCUCAACAUGCGUAAGCCAUCGGGGCAGAGCCGUGGCUAUGCCACGAUGGCGCGCGCUGCCCACACACGCCCUCAGAUUAUGACGCGUGCCUACGAACAGCUGGGUCAGCGUACGUAUGCUACGGCAGCACCGAAGCGUGUGGCUUUGAUUGGUGCACGUGGCUACACAGGCCGCUCGUUGGUGCAACUAAUCGAUGGGCACCCCCAGCUCGAAUUGUCGCACGUCAGUUCUCGUGAGCUCGCGGGUUGGCCGCUUGAGGGGUACCACAAGAGCGAGGUGUACUAUACAAGUAUGAGUCCUGAGGAUCUGGAACGGCUCGAGAGUGGUCAUGGCGAUGUGCCACCGCCGGACGCGUACAUUCUCGCUCUGCCAAAUGGCGUAUGUCGCCCGUUCGUCGAGGCAGUGCGUCAAGGCGGUAAGGGAAAACCGCAGGGUCAUGGAGUGGUGGUGGACUUGAGCGCUGACCACCGUUUCGAUGACGAGUGGACGUACGGCCUCCCUGAGCUGUAUUCACGGGAUUCCAUUCGGAACGCGAAGCUGAUCUCCAAUCCAGGGUGCUAUGCCACCAACAUGCAGAUGCUUAUUGCGCCGCUGGUGCCUUACUUAGACAGCGCCCGCCCGCCCACGGUGGUUGGUAUUUCUGGAUACAGCGGUGCAGGUACUAAAAGUGGAGUGAAGAUGGCAGAGGGUGGUCGGCCUGUGACGCUGCCGAAGCUGGAGCCUGAAUCGCUAGCCGGUGGUGUGCGUCCGUACGCACUGACAGACCACAUUCAUGAGCGUGAGGCGCGGCGCCACCUCUCGUCCCUGAGUAAGUUCCCCGUCAAUGUAUCUUUCACGCCCGUCGUUGCGCCUUGGUUCCAAGGUAUCAUUGCGACGGCUCAUAUUCCUUUGAGCAGCCCCUUGAGUGCGAAGCAAGUUCGAACAUUGUUUGAAAACAAGUACGAGGGUGACAAACUUGUGGAGAUUGUGCCGCAAGUGCCCGAGAUCCAGGACAUCGCCCAGCGCCAUGGUUUCAAGGUGGGUGGCUUCCAAGUGCACUCGAGUGGGGAGCACGUGGUGGUCGUGGGUGUGAUCGAUAACCUGCUCAAAGGUGCUGCGACGCAGUGUCUGCAAAAUUUGAACCUAGCCUUGGGUCUGGAUGAAUAUGCGGGGAUUCCGCUCGAGUAG